GACAACGAGGCUCUCUACGAUAUCUGCUUUCGCACGCUGAAGCUGACGACGCCAACAUAUGGCGAUUUGAACCACUUGGUCUCUGCGGCCAUGAGCGGCGUCACAUGCUGCCUGCGCUUCCCGGGACAGCUUAACUGUGACCUGCGCAAGAUUGCUGUGAACCUGGUGCCUUUCCCACGUCUGCACUUCUUCAUGACGGGCUUCGCGCCGCUGACCUCCCGCGGGUCGCAGCAGUACCGAGCCCUGACCGUGCCCGAGCUGACCCAGCAAAUGUUCGACGCCAAGAACAUGAUGUGCGCUGCGGACCCCCGCCACGGCCGCUACCUCACCGCGGCAGCCCUCUUCCGUGGCCGCAUGUCCACGAAGGAGGUGGAUGAGCAAAUGCUCAACGUCCAAAACAAGAAUUCCUCCUACUUCGUGGAGUGGAUCCCCAACAACAUCAAGGCGUCCGUUUGCGAUAUCCCUCCGAAAGGUGACCUGGCAGCCAUUGGGCAUUGA